CAGUAUUUUUAUGUAUUUUACCUCACUUUGUCGUUGGUGUUUCAAUCAAAAGCAUGUAUAUUUACUAUAACUUAUUUGUAGCAUUAGCUAUAAUAUAUUCGUCAUAUACAGUGCAUUGUCAGGAAUGUGUUACGUUUGAUUUUGAAUAUAUUCCAGAAUUUGAAUAUAAUUCUACAAUUUGCGAAACCAUAGCUCCGUGGAAUGUUGUCAGAAAAAAUAUUUCAGAUGAUUUAAUACAAGUUAAUGAUAAACCAAUUAUAUUUCCUUCGUCGAAAAUGAGUUGUAUGACAACGGAUCCUUUUCACAUUGAUACAAGAGGAAUUCUGGAAAUAACUUUGUAUGUGGAUAUCAUUGGUGCUAAAGAUUUUGUAGGCGUAGUAGCAAAGCGUAUGCCAGCUGAAGCUGAAAACAUGAACGUGGGAAUAGCAUUCGCAUCUCUGAAGCAUGGCUUGGGUUCUAAGGUUGGAUUUCAAAAUAUCAUUUUAGAAUGGAACGUUGAAGGAGAAACAGAUAUUUAUCUUGUUUUUAUUGGAGCAGCAGCAAAAGAGUCAAAACUUUAUAUUACAUCAUACCGUUAUAUUCCACCAAAUAAAACUGCUAAAACAUGUCAUGAUGAAACAACCACUGAAACAGUUCAAGAAUAUGACGAAAGUUAUGUGCAAUUAGAGAGUACAGAUAAAAAUAACCUCAAUAAUUACAAAAAAGAAUUGAAAACAGAUAAAACAGCACCAAUAAAAAAAGAAAACUCAAAUAAUGCAUCUGAAAAUUCAGAUGACUCAUCUGAAAAGGCCAGUUCGCAACAGAACGAUGAAAGUAACGAAGUAGUUUCUGAAAAUGAUGAAUAUAUUAAAAACGAUGCAGAACAAUCCGAUGAAAGCAUGGAAAAUUCGGUGCCAACAUUAUUGGACGAAAUUCUGAAUAAAAAUUAUAUUACUGAGGGUGAAAGUGAGACAGUUAAAUAUAUUAUAGUUGAUAAAAAUGAUUCAAUUGAUAAAUUUGAAAAAUCUCUGUGGAAAACACUUUGGACCCGUGCGGCUAUUUUGAUGUGUGUCAUUGGAGCAUGUCUUAUUUGCUGGUACUUUAUAGAGUUUGGUAAAAAGAAAAUUAAGACCAGAAGAGAUAAUAAACUUGGUAAAAAUACUAAUGACCUAUCAAAAAGCGAUACCAAAGACGAAAAAGCUAAAUAUAAUCCAUAAAGAAUUGUGGAUUCUAAUAUAUUAAUAAAAAAGUCUAUGUGUGAAUCUCUUGUGACUAUAGUGCCUCAUACUAAAAUGAGUUUUUAUAAAUUACCACAAACCUACCAAAUGCAAAUUAAAUCAAAUGUUUCAUGAAAAA